GAACGAGCAUCGCUGUGACAACCAAUGAUGUAUAUAUAAACUCAUCCUCCUACACUUCACCGUAAAGCUUUAGACAUCUUGGAUCAGCUGUUGGUCCGUGGAACAGAACCGAGCCAUGAAGGAACAGCAGUGAAGAAGAGCUACAAUAGAGGAGAGCGCGGAUCCGUGUCAUGAUGGUUCUCGUAUUAAUUGUCGCAGGUCUUGGGGUGGUUGCGCUGCUCAUGGUUUUAUUCGCACCCCACAUUAGGAAAUACUCCGCUGGUGGAGCAUGUAUGUCUAUGGCCCGGCUGGACGGGAAGACGGUCCUGAUUACUGGAGCCAACACUGGUAUUGGGAAGGAGACUGCCCUGGACCUGGCUAUCAGAGGUGCAAGGGUGAUCAUGGCGUGCCGGGAUGUGGAGAAGGGUGAGGAGGCCGCAGCAUCGAUACGACGUAUCUACUGCAAGGCAAACGUAGAGGUCCGAGAGCUAGACCUGGCUGAUACCAGCUCCAUACGGGCCUUCGCACAACGCUUCCUCCGAGAGGUCAACCACCUCCACAUCCUGAUCAACAAUGCAGGGGUCAUGAUGUGUCCCUACAUGAAGACCAACGACGGUUUCGAGAUGCAGCUGGGGGUCAACCACCUGGGUCACUUCCUGUUGACGUACCUCCUGAUUGGCCUGCUAAAGCGGAGCGCUCCGGCCCGCAUCGUCGUGGUUUCCUCCCUGGCUCACAACUUUGGCUGGAUCCGCUUCCAUGACCUCCUCAGCCAGGGCAGCUACAACAGCGGCCUCGCAUACUGCCAGAGCAAGCUGGCCAACGUCCUGUUCGCUAGAGAGCUGGCCCGCAGACUCAAAGGUUCCAGUGUGACAGUGAACUCUGUCCACCCGGGGUCGGUGCUCUCGGAGCUGGUCCGCCACUCCACCAUCAUGUCUCUGCUGUUCUCGCUGUUCUCCAUGUUCCUGAAGAGCCCUCGGCAGGGGGCCCAGACAUCCAUCUACUGUGCCGUGGCGGAGGAGCUGCACUCCCUCACCGGGAAACACUUCAGUGACUGCGCCCCGGCCUUCGUGGGCCCCCAGGGGAGGAAGGAGGAGACAGCCAGGAGGCUGUGGGACGCCAGCAGUGAGCUCCUGGGCAUCGUCUGGGACGACUGAUCUGAACCACCCUGUUCUCACUAUCCACGGGUUGCAUCCCCCAAUUCCCUUUACAAUGCACUACUCUUGACCAGGACCCCCACAACCUUGUUCCCAGUCUCAAUUGCUACCGCAUAGGAAAGAGCCAACUCGUAGACGGAAUGAGGGCCCACAGGGCUCUGAUCAAAAGUAGUGCACUAUAGAUUAGGGCUCACACAAUAGAUAGGGUGCCAUUGGGGAUGCAACCAACCACACUCUCUGUUGUCAAAUCAUUAUCAUUUCAUGAAGUAACCUCAAACUACAGUUAUCCCAACAGGACUUGAAAGAAUUGGGUAGGAACCAUAGAGAUAGAAAGAUGCCAUCAUGGGUCCUCUAUCUAUCUCUAUGGUAGGAACUGUAAGAUCAACUGCAUUACUGUACUGUGAAGGGUCUAGCCAGGGUAUAACCAGGUCUAGCCAGGGUAUAACCAGGUCUAGCCAGGGUAUAACCAGGUCUAGCCAGGGUAUAACCAGGUCUAGCCAGGGUAUAACCAGGUCUAGCCAGGGUAUAACCAGGUCUAGCCAGGGUAUAACCAGGUCUAGCCAGGGUAUAACCAGGUCUAGCCAGGGUAUAACCAGGUCUAGCCAGGGUAUAACCAGCUCUAGCCAGGGUAUAACCAGGUCUAGCCAGGGUAUAACCAGGUCUAGCCAGGGUAUAACCAGGUCUAGCCAGGGUAUAACCAGGUCUAGCCAGGGUAUAACCAGGUCUAGCCAGGGUAUAACCAGGUCUAGCCAGGGUAUAACCAGGUCUAGCCAGGGUAUAACCAGGUCUAGCCAGGGUAUAACCAGGUCUAGCCAGGGUAUAACCAGGUCUAGCCAGGGUAUAACCAGGUCUAGCCAGGGUAUAACCAGGUCUAGCCAGGGUAUAACCAGGUCUAGCCAGGGUAUAACCAGGUCUAGCCAGGGUAUAACCAGGUCUAGCCAGGGUAUAACCAGGUCUAGCCAGGGUAUAUUACAAACCAGUUGUUUUAGUUUGUUUUGUAUCUUAUUAUAUAACAAACCUCCAUGUAGAAUCAGCUUUAUGUUUCGUUGUUUUUUAGCUUAUGACUUUUCUAAACCAUUGCUUUGUUAUUCCUCUCAUUUAUUUUAUCUUCCCCCUCAGCGUUCACCACGUUAUCUUCCCCCUCAGCAUUCACCACGUUAUCUUCCCCCUCAGCAUUCACCACGUUAUCUUCCCCCUCAGCAUUCACCACAUGUUAUCUUCCCCCUCAGCAUUCACCACGUUAUCUUCCCCCUCAGCGUUCACCAUGUUAUUUUCCCCCUCAGCAUUCACCACGUUAUCUUCCCCCUCAGCAUUCACCAUGUUAUCUUCCCCCUCAGCAUUCAACACGUUAUCUUCCCCCUCAGCAUUCACCACAUGUUAUCUUCCCCCUCAGCAUUCACCACAUGUUAUCUUCCCCCUCAGCAUUCACCACACGUUAUCUUCCCCCUCAGUGUUCACCAUGUUAUCUUUCCCCUCAGCGUUCACCACGUUAUCUUCCCCCCUCAGCGUUCACCACGUUAUCUUCCCCCUCAGCAUUCACCACGUUAUCUUCCCCCUCAGCAUUCACCACGUUAUCUUCCCCCUCAGCAUUCACCACAUGUUAUCUUCCCCCUCAGCAUUCACCACGUUAUCUUCCCCCUCAGCAUUCACCACGUUAUCUUCCCCCUCAGCAUUCACCACAUGUUAUCUUCCCCCUCAGCAUUCACCACAUGUUAUCUUCCCCCUCAGUGUUCAACACGUUAUCUUCCCCCUCAGUGUUCAACACGUUAUCUUCCCCCUCAGCGUUCACCAUGUUAUCUUCCCCCUCAGCAUUCACCACGUUAUCUUCCCCCUCAGCGUUCACCACGUUAUCUUCCCCCUCAGCGUUCACCACGUUAUCUUCCCCCUCAGCGUUCACCACGUUAUCUUCCCCCUCAGCGUUCACCACGUUAUCUUCCCCCUCACCGUUCACCACGUUAUCUUCCCCCCUCAGCAUUCACCACAUGUUAUCUUCCCCCCUCAGCAUUCACCACGUUAUCUUCCCCCUCAGCAUUCACCAUGUUAUCUUCCCCCUCAGCGUUCACCACGUUAUCUUCCCCCUCAGCGUUCACCACGUUAUCUUCCCCCUCACCGUUCACCACGUUAUCUUCCCCCUCAGCAUUCACCACAUGUUAUCUUCCCCCUCAGCAUUCACCACGUUAUCUUCCCCCUCAGCAUUCACCACAUGUUAUCUUCCCCCUCAGUGUUCAACACGUUAUCUUCCCCCUCAGCGUUCAACACGUUAUCUUCCCCCUCAGCGUUCACCACGUUAUCUUCCCCCUCAGAAUUCACCACAUGUCAAACUGCCAAGAUUGUCUUUUAUACAAAUGUGAAACAUGCCUUUUACUACAUUUAGGGUUGGAAGAUUCCUGAAAUUAUGAAGGAACAGACAGGAAAUCUGGGAAUCCUCCAACCAGGAAUUUUGGGAAUUUUCCAGAAAUGUGCAACGCUAACUACAUUGCAGUCAUAUCAAGAGUUGAAUGUUUACAUCUACUGUAAAUAAAGAUCAAAUAUUACUAA